AUGGAAAAUUUUAAUAUUCUUUUAUCAGAUUUAAAUUGGGAAGACCUCCUUGAUAUUGAACACGUAGAUAUGGCAUACGACAAGUUUAUUGAUAAAUUACAACAACUUUACAGUUCGGCUUUUCCUGUAGUUACAAAAUGGUAUUCAACUGACCAUGCCAUUAUUAAUAUUGUUCACGAUAUAUUUAAAGCCUUUGAUGAAAAAAAUUUGUAUCCGGGUCAGAAUGCGAAUGAUAGACCUGAUUUGGUUACUCGAGUAUUUAAACUCAAGUUAAAUAACCUCCUCAAUGAUAUAUUCAAACAUGGUGUAUUCGGCAAAGUUGUAACGCAUGUUCAGGUUAUUGAGUUUCAAAAGCGUGGUUUGCCGCAUGCCCACAUUUUACUUCAUUUAGCAAAUGAUGAUAAACUUGAAACAUCACAGGAUAUCGAUAAUUUGAUUUGUGCAGAAAUAAUAGAUCCGAUAGUUAAUUGUGAACUUUAUGAUAUUAUCAAAACUUGCAUGAUUCACGGCCCAUGUGGGAUACUGAAUCCAAAUUCUCCCUGCAUGAAAGAUGGGGUGUGCAGCAAAAAAUAUCCUAAAGAUUUUAAUGCCAACACAGUAGCUGUUCACAAUGGUUAUCCGCGCAAUAGGCGUCGUGAUAAUGGGUUGGUUAUCAAUAUUAAAGGCAACAAUGUAAAUAACCGUUGGGUGGUACCUUAUAAUCCUUGGUUGUCAAAGAAAUAUCAAGCCCACAUUAAUGUUGAAGCUUGCAUGUCUGUGAAGGCUGUUAAAUAUUUGUAUAAAUACAUAUACAAAGGGCAUGAUUGUGCGAAUGUUUUGAUAAAUGAACAGGUUAAUCACGAUGAAAUAAACACUUUCUUAGAUUGUCGUUAUGUUAGUGCACCUGAGGCGCUGUGGCGAAUAUUUGAGUACCCCAUAAGUCAUAUGUCACACUCUAUUAUCCGUCUUAAGGUUCAUCUUCCUGAGAAUCAGAUUGUGUAUUUUAGAGAAGGAGAAGAACAAGGGGCGUUAGAUCGUGCUGCUCAACGUGAUACACACCUUACGGCCUGGUUUAAAUUGAAUUCUGAAAUUGAAGGAGCCAAUCGCUAUUCAUAUGUUGACAUUCCAUAUCACUUUGUAUUUGAUGAUAAACAUUGUAAAUGGAAGGUUAGACGAAGAGGUGAAAAUUAG